UCUCCCCAACGGAUCUCUGGCAUUUAGUUUAGUACAGAGCCAAACAAAAAAGUUGUCUCUUUUAUCAUCUCUCUAUCUCUGUUUCUGUGCUGUUUGCUUGCUUAAUCAAAUAUGAUCUCCUUGAACCUAUCAGCUUCCCUAAACCCGGGUCUCACCCGAACCCGCCACAACCCUACCCGCUUCUCCCCUCUCCACGCCGCCGCCGCCGCCGAUAAACCCUUCAGCUGCCAAUACCCACUAAGCCUCCCACAGAUCCCCACUCUCCAGAUUCGCGAAAAACCCUUCCUUUCAAUCCUCAAAAGAUCCAGAUCCGUCGCCGCCGCGACCGGAGGAGAGUUCGAGUCGUCCGAGGAAGCGGCGGCGAAGGAGAAUAAGAAAGCGAAGAACCUCCAGCUAGGGAUAGUCUUCGGCCUCUGGUACUUCCAGAACAUCGUCUUCAACAUCUUCAACAAGAAGGCUCUCAACGUCUUCCCUUACCCCUGGCUCCUCGCUUCCUUCCAGCUCUUCGCCGGCUCCGUCUGGAUGCUCGUCUUAUGGUCCUUCAAGCUCUACCCUUGCCCUAAGAUCUCCAAGCCGUUCAUCGUCGCUCUCCUCGGACCCGCGCUGUUCCACACCGUAGGACACAUCUCGGCUUGCGUCUCCUUCUCUAAAGUCGCUGUUUCGUUCACUCACGUGAUUAAAUCGGCUGAGCCUGUGUUCUCUGUGAUUUUCUCGUCUUUCUUGGGAGACACGUAUCCGUUAGCUGUUUGGUUGUCGAUUCUACCGAUAGUUAUGGGUUGUUCUUUGGCUGCGGUUACUGAAGUGUCGUUCAACUUGGGUGGCUUAUCUGGAGCUAUGAUUAGUAACGUUGGGUUUGUUUUAAGGAACAUUUACUCUAAAAGGAGUCUACAGAGUUUUAAAGAGAUUGAUGGGUUGAAUCUUUACGGUUGCAUCAGUAUACUCUCUCUGGUUUAUUUGUUUCCUGUUGCGGUUUUUGUUGAAGGGUCGCAGUGGGUUCAGGGCUACCAUAAGGCUAUUGCUUCUGUUGGGAAACCGUGGACGUUUUACUCUUGGGUUUUGCUCUCUGGUGUCUUUUACCAUUUGUACAACCAGUCUUCUUACCAGGCGCUUGAUGAGAUUAGUCCUUUGACUUUCUCUGUUGGGAACACGAUGAAGAGGGUGGUGGUGAUUGUCUCCACGGUUUUGGUGUUUAGGAACCCUGUUAGGCCACUGAAUGCUCUUGGUUCAGCUAUCGCGAUUUUCGGUACUUUCUUGUAUUCUCAGGCGACUGCCAAGAAGAAGAAGAUUGAAGCUGGAGAUGAUGAUAAGAAGAACUGAGAGUGCAGCUUCAAGCUUUUUAGUUUAAGCCUUUUGAUUAUUAUUCCUCGUUUUUGUUGUUGUUUUUCAUUUUCAUUGUUGUUAAGACUCUUUUACUUGGUUCUGGUCUGAUUCUGAGAAGGGUUUAAACUUUAAUCUUAAGCAGAGAUGAGUUAAAACUUAUUAA